CAGUUUUUUAUUUCCUCUCCAUCGGCAGGCUAUUAUGGAAGCAUCAGACAUGCAACUAACGCUCAACGAGAUAUACAACUGGUUCACACGGACGUUUGCUUAUUUCAGACGCAACGCAGCCACUUGGAAGAACGCAGUGCGCCACAACCUGAGCCUGCACAAGUGUUUUGUGCGUGUGGAGAAUGUGAAAGGUGCCGUGUGGACGGUGGAUGAGGUGGAAUACCAGAGGAGGAGAUCUCAGAAGAUCACAGGGAGUCCAUCACUGAUAAAAAAUGUGUCCUCGAACGUCACUUUUGGGACCGUUCUGAAUGCCAGCCUACAGACGGCGCUGGCUGAGGCAUCACUGCCGGGAUUCAAGAAGGAGAGUUUAAGCAGAAACUCCAGGAGUCAAAUGCAGGAGAGCAACAAAGCAACAAGCAGCAGCAGCCACAGCAGCCAGAACAUCUGUUCAAGAAUCCAGCGGUCUCUUUUCCUUAAAGAUGAAGUGAUGAAUCUGAAUGGCCAAGAAUCUACAAUGCCAUCUGUACAAUCAGCUCUGCAGCUGGACAUGACUGAAAAUGACGAAGAGCACCUGUUCGACCUUGAAUGACUCUUGAAAUCGGAAGUGUCUCAGACUAAAAUAAUCAGUCAAAUAAAGCAGUAAAGCAAGCCUUCAUUGAACAUUCAGGGAUGUAGGCCAUAUUUCGAACUUUGAUUAUUUGUUAAUACAUGGUUCAUAUAUUCAUAUAAAUUUAAAAUGUGUCUGUCAGUGACUAAAUGUCAGUGGUCAAACCUUUCCUCCCAAAAGAAACAUAAGACAGUGGAAUAUAGUAACACCUGUGGUUUUUGUGUUCACCCACUACUUUUUCAAUCAAUCUGAGGCCUUUCUGAAAAUAUUCAAAUUAAUAGGUCAAAGAAAUAACAUUUCUGACAGUAAAGUGUUAAAGUUUAACAUUAGUCAACAUUUUCGAAGCUGAUAGUUUGGGGGUUGUUUUUUCAAAUCCACCCCUUUCAAAGUGUUUUAAGUAAAUACAUUUUGAAUGCCAAAGUAAAUGAUUCACAGAAUUAGUUGUUAUGACUUAGAAAACGUAAUGUUUUUUUUUUUUUUUGUGAUUGUCUACAAGUAAUGGAGUGAAACACAGCAAGGGUGAAUCCCCGUGUUACAACAAAGAUGGAGGUGUUGUGUUUGUCAUGGAAAUAGUUAAAACAUGUACAAUCUAUGCUGUUCCUCCUCUCUGUUUUCUCUGUACAUAGAAAUGCAUUGUUAUGUGCUGUAUAUAUGUUGAGAUUCUUUUUGAUGAAGUGGCUUUCAUAUGGUUUUAUUUAAGAAAAAAAGCUACACCUGUUUGUCUUGUGUGUGCGUAAUUUAUUGGUCAUGUUUUUCCACCUAAAUAAAGAUUAUUCCAAACAUUCCUGUUUUAUAAAAGUUUGAAGUUUAGAGUAUUCAUUCUGAAUAGAUUCUGAGUACACACAAUAAUCUGUAUUUAAAAAGAUGUGUUUGUAUGUAGUGGUAUGUCCACCAUAUCUCAUUAAAAUAAAAUAAAUACAUGUAAAACCU